AUGGGGCAACAUAAACACAAAAAAAGGAAAAGAAAAAGUAAAACUUCCGACAGUAGUGAGAAUGGCGAGAAUGGCGGCAGUGAGCAAUGUUCACAGGUGCCCGAUCAGGAAAGCCAUGACUCGUCUAUGUUAAGCAGCAUCAUCAGUGUGGCCAGCAACGUUCUUUACGGGACACCGAUACUUACUAAACCAAAUGUAGCCAAUAAAACGGAUCACCUGGGACCCACCACCUCGACACCAAAGACUCAAGCGGCUACAAAACCUAGUGGGGAUAUUAUUUCUCAGUUAAAUGAACAGAAUGAUAAACUCGAUAAGAUUAUGCAAAAGUUAGUUAAAUUAGACCAAAUCGAUCAUAUUGAAGAAAAACUGGAAAAAGUGAAUGCGACUGUUGCAAAGUUCAAUAACAGGAUCAGUGAUGUUGAAAGAAAGCUAACGGAAAACUCGGCGGCGGUGAGUGCAAUCUCAGCGAGAGUUGAAAAGCUAGAAGAACAGGGGGUGAACACCGAUCACGAGAGAGACCUGAAGAGACACGAGAAAACAAUAGAGUCGCUAUGUAAAAGUCUAGACAGUAUGAGACGGGAUUAUAGAGCUCUCGAAGCAUCGAUUACCGAUUUACAGUGUCGUUCAAUGAAGAUGAACCUCAUUUUUACUGGCAUCGGAGGGGAGACCAAGGAUGAGGAUACGGAAGAUAAGCUUCGCGCCUUUCUGUAUUAUGAGCUAGGCAUCGACGAGCAUAUUCAAUUCGGAAACGUCCACCGGUUUGGCAGAUACGUCCGCGGUCAAGAUAGACCGAUUGUUGCCCGAUUUCUCUACCAAAAAGACUUAAUCGCUGUCAGGAGUAGGUCGCACAGGUUGCGCAAUACGGGCUACGGAAUCCGAGAACAGUAUCCCACCUCUAUUGAGAGGCGUCGGAGGGAGCUAUACCCCGCGAUGCGGUACCAUAGGAGCCGUGGCGACAAUGUGAAGAUGGUUCGAGAUACGCUUUACGUCAACGGUCAGCGUUACGACCCCGAGACAGAGCCUACAGAGGAUCCAACGUAUUUUGGAAGUCACGUUGUGCCUGCGCCACCGAUCGGUAAUAUGGACAAGGGUACACCUGAAGAUCAACCCAUGGAAGGCGAGGACCAGUUAAUCGCGCAAGGUGGAUCGUCUAUUGACAUUAAGUCUUCCAGUAGUAAUAAGCCAUGGUUCGAUGACAAAUAUGAAAAUAUUGUAGACAUUGAAAGUCCAUUUUUUGAGCAGAGGAGUACUGAUACUGUUUUUAGUGAAUUAGAUGAAGCCAUAGAUGAGGAGGAAUUACUUUCAGUAGCCAGUUCUGAGUAUGAUGCGAAAAAAGAGGCAGAGGAAUUUGUAAGGGAAAAGAAAGACAAAAAAUGCCUGAGAGUUAGACAUAUUGAUGAUGUCAUUGGUAAAGGUGUUUUUGCACUUAGAGAUUUCUCCAAAGGGGAGUUUUUGCUUGAGUAUGCUGGGGAGCUUUUAAGGUUUGCAGAAGGCAGAAAGAGAAUGAAGGACUACCCCUUGAAUUUAGGAAGUUUCAUUUACUUGUUUAGUUUCAAGGACAAACAAUUUUGGGUGGAUGGAACUUACUCAAAACAAAAAGGGAAAUAUGUGAAUGAUGCAGCCCCUAAAUCAAAACAAAAUAAUUCUGUAAUGAAAAUACUUGAAGUAGACGGAGUUCCACAUCUUGUGCUAUAUGCAUCAAGAAAAAUUUGUAAGGGGGAAGAAAUACGUUAUGACUACGGAGAAAAGAACCUUCCUUGGAGGAAAAAAGAAACAAAAAGAGAUGAAAUACCAAAAGAAACAAAGGAACCUAAGAAAGGAAAUGAAAAAGAAGAAUUGGCACAGAUGAUGUCCUGUAAAGUAGUGUUGCAAAAAUUAAAAAUAAAUUCACCUUACACAACUCCAACAAAUGUCGAUGACAACCAGAAUGUUGAAGAUUUGGCUGAAGGGGAGGCCAUAACCUCAGGGGACUUGGGACUCCCACAAUUGCAUAGCCAGAAUGAUGAAGAUUUGGCUGAAGGGGAGGCCAUAACCUCAGGGGACUUGGGACUCCCACAAUUGCAUUGCCAAAAUGUUGAAGACUUGGCUGAAGGGGAGGCCAUAACCUCAGGGGACUUGGGACUCCCACAAUUGCAUAGCCAGAAUGAUGAAGAUUUGGCUGAAGGGGAGGCCAUAACCUCAGGGGACUUGGGACUCCCACAAUUGCAUAGCCAGAAUGUUGAAGACUUGGCUGAAGGGGAGGCCAUAACCUCAGGGGACUUGGGACUCCCACAAUUGCAUAGCCAGAAUGUUGAAGAUUUGGCUGAAGGGGAGGCCAUAACCUCAGGGGACUUGGGACUCCCACAACCAGGCAACCAGAAUGUAGAACAUUUGGUUGAAGAUGAGGACAUUGCCUUGGAGGAGGUGGAACUCCUACAAUUGGAUGCUGAUGAGACAAUAGAAAAAAAUGUUCAGCUAUCAGUGGCAGAUUUGUCUUAUCAAGAAAGAGCAUCUUUGCAAGUUGAGAGAAUAUGGGCCCAGUCAGAGAUAACAGAUUUCAUAAUUGGGUCAGUUCAUGGAAUUAAUAUCACUGACCGAGAUAUUAAAUCACUUCAAGGAAAUCAGUGGCUGACAGAUCAGGUCAUCGAUGGAUAUUUGAAGAUUCUUUGUCAGACAGAACUUGAUAAAGGACAGUUGAUUCUGCAUGUUCCAGUUCAGACUAUGACAGCUAUUAGCACAGGGAAAUAUUUUAAUGACCAGUCUUCAAAAAUUUUUUCAAAACAUGUCCUGACAUAUUAUGACACUGUUCUAGGAGUGUGUCACCUGAGAGGAUCACACUGGGUACUCGUGAUUUUGCGGCCAUGUGAAGGAAACUUCUACUUCCUUGAUUCCAUGGGAUUCUCAAAAGAAAGGGCCAAUAAAGUACUACAUUAUUGGAGAAAUUUUUUGAGCAUGAGGUGUUUGGAGAAACAAAUCUCUUGGAAACUGUGCCACCAAGAAUUGUCUAUGCAAACAGAUGGCUACAAUUGUGGAGUUUUUUCAACACUGUUUGCAAGAAAAUUUUUGGCUCAUCAGCCCCUUACAAGUAUAACUAAAGAAGAAUUGAACCAAGAAAGGAGACAUAUUGCAGAGAAACUUUUACAAUACGAAGUGUUUCUGAAGUAUUCAUGUCCUUGCUGUGGACUUGAGAUUUCCAGUGAAGAGAAGAUUCCUUGUAUAAUCUGUGGAAGGAAUUUUCACAAAAAAAGUUUCUGUGUGGGAGAAGAAAAUCUUGCAGAGGAAACAGUGAGCAUUCUUUGCAGAGGAUGCAAUCAGGAAUUACAGAUUUCCUCAGAGCAGAAGAUAAAAGAGAAAAAAGAAGCAGGUUUUCCAGAAGGUGCUAUUGACAUCCUUAUCUGUGGGAGGUGUAACACACAAUAUGAGGAUAUAGAGGCAUUUUUAGCACACAAACAAGCAAUCUGUUCUUUCAAGAAGAUGUUUUCAGCAAGUGAUCAAAAGCUAAAGGAACCAAUUAAACAAGAAACUCAACAUGUAGAUCUUACCCAGCAUACAGAAUCCUCAGAGGCUGCAUCAACAGAAUGUUCCCCAUCUCAUACUACAGAGUCUUUUAAGGCCCAAUCAGCAGAGACAUGCACAUCUCAAAUGUCUUCAACAGAAAAAAAUAACAUAUUUACAAAUGAAAAGAUCACAUCAGAAAUAAAAACCAAACUUGCCUCAAAGAUCAAAAAGAGACCCCAUAGACCAUGCCCAUUUUGCAACAAAAUGCAGUCGGCACUAAGCAGACACAUACAGAAGUGUCACAAAGAGGAAGAAGAGGUUAAAGCUGCACUAAAGUUGCCAGGACCAGAAAAGCAACAAGCUUUUAAAAACAUGAAAAGACAAGGAAUUUAUCAGUACAAUGUUAAAGCGCUAUGCAAUGAGUCUGAAGAAGAACUGAUAAAAGAAAGAAAAACUGCUGCACAUAAAUCUUACACACAAAUGGCAAUGUGUUCCCUUUGCAAGGCAUUUUUAAAUAAAAAUACAAUGCAUCGCCAUAAAAAAAUAUGUAAAAGGGCAGAGGAAACAACAAUACCACCUUGUGGAAUUUCACUAAAUGUGUUUAAAGAAGUAGAGUAUCCUGCAAGUUAUGUUCAGUUUGUUUACACUAGAAUUCAAGCAGAUGAUGUUGGAAUGAAAAUAAGGGAUGAUACCUUCAUUAAGGACUAUGGUUUCAUGGAGUACCAAGCAAUUGAGGGAUCAAGUUUUAAACUGACAGAAAAACUAAAUACACUGCGAUCAAAAUUGAGAAGACUUGCCAGGCUUUUCAUGGAGUUUCAAAAAAUUGCUUCAGAGGCAGGAGUUGUAGUAAAACAUUGCUCUGAAAUGUUUAAUGUAAAAUCUAUUAAACUACUUAGCACUGCAGUUAAUUCUAUGACAAUUGACCCUGAAGGUGAAAUGAAAAGUGGAUUAAGAUUGGGGCUAAGAUCUUUAAUUCUUGAAGUGAGCAACUCAAUCUACUCCACUCACAUGCUUAUGGGAGAAGACGACAAAGCGCUUGAGGCUGAGAAGUUUAGAAAAGUCCUUCAAGUUCGAUGGAAAUCCUUCUUUAGAUCAGCACAGGAAGCAAUUAUUAAGAAGAGGCAAAAUGAAUCAAGAGACCCAAAACGUCUGCCCUCUGUUGAGGAUAUUAGGCAAAUUCAACAGUUUACAAAAAGCAGUGUAAAAGAAUUAGUAAGUGAUGCAACAUAUUCACUAAUGACCCAAACUUUGUUUUGUAAACUUAGAAACUUCAUUGCCAGUCGUCUAACAUUAUUUAAUGCUAGAAGAGGAGGGGAAGCAACUAGACUCACUGUUUCAGAGUUAAAGGAUGCUUUUAAAGACAAAUGGGUAGAUGAGUCAUUUAUAAAGAAAGACACUGAAAGUGAUGAUUUUGAAAAAAUGGCAUGUCAGCUUAAAUGUGCUUAUCUACAUUCUUCUAAGAAGUCAGAACUAGUGCCUGUCAUAAUUCCAGAGGAUUGCUGGAAGGGACUCCAAAUGCUUGCUGAUGUUGAAAAUAGAAAACUGGCGGGCAUACAUCCUCAAAAUGAAUUUGUAUUUGCCAAUACCGAAGAUUCAGUUGACCAUGUGAGUGGAUGGCAAUGUGUACGUGAUGUAUGUGAGAAAGCCGAUGUGCCUAGAAACAUAACUGCAACGGAUAUGAGACAUUUUGUAGCUACUCACUAUGCAUCCCUAGAAGUUCCUCAGCAGGAAAGAGACUUUUUUAUCCAAAAACAUAUGGGUCAUUCAAAAUUUAUAAAUGAAAAUGUUUACCAGUGCCCUCCUGCUGUCAGAGAGAUAAAAAUGGCAGGAAAAUUUCUAAUGACACUGGAUUCAUAUGAAGGUGAAAAUGAAAUAGUUGACCAAAAUGAAAUCAACAGCAGUCUGUGUUUUCCAGAAGAAGCGUUGUCAAAUGAGAACAGUUGCAUUGAUGAAACUUAUAAACCUGACAGCGAAAUUGACUCUGUGAAAGAACAGUCCAAGAAUGAACAUGGAAUUAAACGAAAGUAUAUUAGUAGACCUCAGGAAGCAAAGAGAUCAAGGAAGGAUGUUGAUGAGUCUGAUUCAUCAAGUGAACAUGAUGUCGGACCAGAAGAAAUCAAAGAAAUAAGACAAGAGCUUGACCUUAAUAUAAAGUCUAGAAGUAAACGACACAUCUGGACAAACGAUGAAAAUUCACUUAUAAGUGGAUAUUUUGCUGAAGAAAUAAAAAAUAGAGAAGAAGAAGGAAACAAAGGGGCAUUGAAUAUAAAGGAUAAAGUCAAGAGGUUUAUUGAACAAUACCCAGACUUUCUGAAGGAAGAAGAAGUUGCUAAGAGGAAAUCCAUGAUCAGAAUAAAGGUUAUAAACAACAGAAGAAGAUUUAGAGAAGAGUUUUUUAAAAAAUAUGGACCAUUAUUUAAUUGUGAAAAAAAGGAGAGAACAAAAUAAGCCUAUUGGAGUCAUGGAGCAAAAGGAUUCAUGUUGGAAUUUUAUAGGACUGUUCAAGUAGCAAGCCUUUAAGCAUUACAUGUGGAAUUGAUAUUGAAUAACGAAGAAAUUCUUGAUUUCCAUUCAAAGUCAGGAAUGGUGAACAUUUAAAAAGCAUCUCUAGUCUCAUGUUGAAGAAUUCAUAAUGCAGUCUACAACCUGAAGAGCAAUUUUUAUAAUUAUUAGCUUCUUGCAGAAGAAUUUAUAUUGGAGUCUGUAAAUAGAAGAUAUUUCAUAUUUAGAAGAUUUCAUAUUGGAAUCUUCAGUUAGAGGAUUUCAUAUUGGAAUCUUCAUUUAGAAGAUUUCAUAUUGGAGUCUUCAUUUAGAAGAUUUCAUAUUGGAAUCUUCAGUUAGAAGAUUUCAUAUUGGAAUCUUCAUUUAGAAGAUUUCAUAUUGGAGUCUUCAUUUAGAAGAUUUCGUAUUGGAGUCUUCAUAUAGAAGAUUUCAUAUUGAAGUCUUCAUUUAGGAGAUUUCAUAUUAGAGUCUUAUAGAAGAUUUUUUUCUUUCUUUUUUAAUUUAUUUAAAAAAAUUUAAAUUGGGAAAUUCCCUGUAGGAUGAUUCAUUUUUGAGUGAGUCAGGAGAUUAUUUUGGAGUCUGUCUGCAGAAAUAUCUUCAAAAAAUUCAAUUUGGAAGUUAACCAGAAUAUUUCAUGCUGGAUUUUAUCUUAUGUGCAACAAGUUCAUCAUGGAGUCUUCCGUGGGGAUAACUUAUGUGAGAGUGGAAUCUUCAAGCUUUUGUUUAAAAUACUAACACAGAGAACAGUAUUCAAAUCUAUAACUAUUUUUUUUUUCAAACUGAAAGACUCAAUUUGAAAUGACAUUUUGUGGGUCAGUACCAAGGCCAUGCUCUAGGUAUGAACAGUUUCUAAGGUUGAUAAAACAGGACUACCAACAGCCUCGAUUGAAGUCAUCUUUUCGUAAGUUCUUACAAUCUUCCACUGGGUCGCAUGCUGACUGACGUUUUUCAUACUAAUUGUUAGACCGUAAUGAAUAACCUAAUUGUCUGCAGCUUUUCUCCAUUUUACCGAUUACGACAAAUAGCACACGGCGGGUGUGACUGGUCAGCAGAGGAUGCUUACUCCCCCUUGGCACCCGAACCUAUCUCUAAUUCUUUUAGAGGUCUUUGUUUGCUUUGCUCCUGUAUUUUGACUUUUGAUUUUGAACACUGUUUAUUAUCACCACAUGUCAUCAUCAAAACUUACUUUGAAAAAAAUUAUCUUGUCGAAAACUCUAUAGAAAAUAUACUUUGAUUUAUCACAUGUUUAGCUCAAUAUCACUCGUGUAAUAAAUUUUUGAUUGUACACUGUAUUCUUAAACAAUGUGACGUCAUAAUCAAACAUUCAAUUUGACUACUCAUUUCCUAAUUUUCAUACCAAUUUUUUACUAACUUCCAAAAAAGUGCGGGGGCCAACUCCAUGAUAAUUCAUUUUUUUAUAUGUAAAUUUUUAAAAAAUUUGUUGCUGCGAGAAAAAGUGGGGGGGCCAGUCCCCCCCUGGCCCCCCCUGAUGCUACGUGCCUGGAUACCAUAGCAAAUCAUGAGAUUCUAUAUGUAUCAACUGAUCUGAAUAUCUAGAAAAGGACUAUAUGUUGUAUUAUGCAUUUCUCGUCCCCAAAAUUAAAGUUCUGUGAUCUUUUUAAAUAAGGUGGAAUAUAGUUGAAAUCAUAUUGAAAGUAAGUGUGAAAAAGGUUUUCACCACAGUGACGUCAUAAUGUAGAAAUGACAUUAUGAAUUAAUUGCCUUAUUUCUUGCAGAUGACCAGAGGACAUAUGGUUAGGAUAAAAUUAAAAUGCAGUUAUAGAGUCCUUGAAUUAAUUGAUUUCACAGACAAAUAUGCUGAAUGGAGUUACUGUUAGGGCGAGUGCAGCAGGAACUUCACAUUUUGCAUUUAUCCUUGUUGUUAAGACAACUGUAUCCCAUGGACUUUUCCCUAAAACAAAAUCACUUGGUUGCACCAGGCUUACUGUCAGGGUCUCAAUUCUCUCUUUCAGUUGCAUGUCCUGCUUUAUCUGUUGAUUCAUUUUUAUCUGAUUUAUUUGAAUUUCAUGUCUAUAAUUGCAGAAAAGUUUGUCCUUUCUCAGGACGGGGAAUGUUUUUUGGUGGCAUGCUGGCAGCUGCUUACCUUUUUAAUUUCUGUGCACUAUAAAUGUCAAAGGACUAUAUAUGGUUUCCGCUUAAAAUGGCCCCCUAAAAUGAACAUUGUCAUUUUACUGUAAUUCUUUGUUUUAUUUGUACAAAUAUACAUUUGAAGUUAUCUCAUAAUUUUCAUUUUGAUUUUAGUGCCCACAAUUUAAAAAUAUGACAUCAUAAAGUUAACCUUUUCCCGCCUUUUUCUCAUUUUUAGCAUAAAACGGCUUGAUUUGAAAUAGUUUUUCUUUAAGGAAACAUUGAGCGAUUGCUUGAACAAAAAAAAUAUUUUCACCAAAGAUAUAACUCUCCAAUACUUAUAAGUGACAAAAAGUUCAUUGUUGUUCAAAGAAUCGCUCUAUAUUUCUCAUUCGAAAAAAGAUAAGAAAAAUGACCAUUUUUGACUGAUUUUAAUUGAAUUAUAAAAAUAGCGUCACUUCUGACGUCAUAUACUGCCAGUCAGUGCAUAUAAAUCAAAUAAAUAGGUGAAAAACAUAUUUUAUGUCAACUCUUUUAUAAAAUAACACAACAAAUUAAUGUACCUGAAUCAUUUAAAAAAUAGCAAAUUAUGGGGGCCAAAUUUGACUUAUAUAUAGUUCUUUAUGGCAUUAACCAACCGAAAAACACUGAACUAUUUGAUAAGAUACUAAAGAAAACAAAGACAUGAUUAUGCUUUGCUGUACAACUUUUGACUACUAUUUUUGUGAUUGGCUUCGGCCGAUCACAGUUGUGUCCAUAUGAGGUAUCCGGCAAAUUUAACUAUUUGCGCACGCAUUGCGCCUCGCACUAUUUUAUUUACUAUGCAAUGACCACCUUAUUUAAAUCUAUAAAUAGAUGAGGAUUACUAUAAACGUUACUCUUAUCAUUUUACCCUGAUAAUAAAACAUUUUUAGGGUUACAUACAUAAUAAUUCAAAUCACUUUUUUUUUAUAUAUGAGUAAGAAUAUGAGUCGGAAGUAUGAUUCGCCUACUAAGUGUAAAGUUCAUUCUUGCCUUGCCAUUUCGGAAGUCAUUAAAACGGUGUUAUAUAUAUUUUACUGCAUGUAGCGUAUAUAUAUUUUACUGCAUGUAGCAUUUAUUAUAUUAACAGAGUUGACCAAUGGUAUUACAUGUCGAUCAUUCUUGUUUAUCCCCUCACGCAGCUUGUUGUGAGGGGGAUAUAGCAUCGCUGCUGUGUGUGUAUGUAUGUAUGUAUGUGUGUCCAUUUCAGCCUUUAAGCAAAAUUCAAAGAAAACUCUUGCAUGCAUGUGUAUCAAACUUCGUACACUUCAUAAGCAUGUUUAAAGGAAAGACCCUAUUUAUUUUCAAGGAAUUCUGUUGUAAUUUUAAAAUAUGUAGGACUUCCAGUUUGUGAAAGUAAACAUUUCAAAUCAACAACAUGAUAUUUUGUUGGAUGUAAGCCCUGUAAAGGUAAGAAGCAAACGUUUUUGAGAAAUGGGGAGUUGAAAGGAUGUCCAAAGUGAAAAACUGAAGCAAGCAGGAGAUUAAGUUCACCCUAAUUUUUUUUAAUAAUCGAAACAAGCAGCCGUCUAAGCCGAAUUUCGGGCUACAUUUAACAAAUUACUUAGAGAAAAACAGGUUCAUAAUUCAGUAGAUAUGUAAUAGGGUGCAUUUUAUGAUAAUUACAUUCAUGCAUAUUAUUCAUAUUUCAUCAUCAUCAUCCUAUAUUCCAUAUUUUACAUGUACAUAUUUAGAAACAGACUAAUAUCCCUAUAACUCCCUGUCUUUUAUGCAUCUAUCAAGUAAUCAUUACUUAAUUACCUAUUCUAGUGGCUUCUGAUAUUUUAUAGCCCUAAGUCAUUUCACCUGUAUGGUCACUUACAUACAUGUGGACAAGAUCAGGUGGUUUACUUAGCCAAUAGUAUGUUUUUAUGAUUUUUUCCCGCUUUAACUGAGUAGCCUUUGUGACAGACCAAGGCUAGUAUUCCUAGGAGUAAGACCUAAUUUCUUCAAGAGACGAUUUCACUUAUUUAUUUAUUUCAUUAACAUAUUUGAAGCAGUCAUUUAUAUUAAAGAGUACCAUUCUCAGAGUAAUCAGGAUUGUGCAUGAAACCUUGUUCCAUAAACAGGGUUUAAAUCCUUUAUCCGAAUAAAUGAAGAACCCUUAAAGUGGACUUGUUUAAUUCUUGGGACAACCCACUAUCACAGAUACUUUGACAACUAUUGUCAACAUGAUUAACCGGGAAUUCAUUUCAUGUUAAUUGCUGAAGAUAUGUUACUCUUUUUUAAGAAUAUUGGGGUUAAAACUAUGACAUGUUAACUUGAGUUUUCUCAUAGAGCAGACUAUGAAUCGCCAGAUCUUCGCUACGUUUCCUUUUCAAUAUGAAACUUCAAUUUGCCUACACUAAUUGUCUACAUGCGUAAUGUAUGUCACUGGAUAAAGAGAAUUUAUUAAACUAAAUUACUAAUGUUUAACACAUGUGUGGUGUGUUUUCCCUAGUAACGGUAGGAAUUGUACAACUAAGUAAAUGCACCCAUCCCCCAUGGAUACACAGAGCGUGCAUGAGGAUAGGAAUAAACAAAAUAUUUUAAUUCAAAAUGGUUUUCAAGAAGUUAAAUAUUUGGUCUCUUCAAUUACAUGUUUAUUUCUGAAUAAUGCAUUUCCCCGCACAAUAUUUUCAUUUCGCGAGGGGAUGCUCCGCUUUGUAGUGCCCUUGUUAAGCUUAAAAUAAUAGUGAUUGUUAAAGCAUUGUAGCGAAAGAGAUUCCAAGCGUUGAUGCUCAAAGUUAAAACAUGUACCAGGUAUUUUAUAAGUGAUGAUAUAUGCGCCAGCAGCUAGGGCACAGCAUUUUUGAAAUUUAUGCACCAUUAUUUAAUUGAAUGCAACAAUGGCAAAGAGUGCAUGGUUAUCCCAAUCAUUGCUUAAAGGUCUUGCGCAAGGAAAUAGCCAAUUAAACUUAAAUUAACUUAGUCAUUUGUAGUUCAAUAUAUAUAGAGACAAUUUCUUUUCUUUCUUCCAUAUUUGGCACCUUUUUUUAAGGCCUACAGUAUUGAAAUUGGACUGAGUGGAACUGAAUUAAGGUAUACCUCACUCACCUUGGCUUCUACUUUUUAAGACACUACAUCAAAGAUGGCAACUUAAAUGAUGUGCAUGAUGCAACUUCUUGGAUGGUGUUGAGUUUGUUUGUCAGCAUGUGAAACCCACAUGUAUUUGGGGAUGCACCAGAAGCAGCAGCACUGUCUCUAUCACUGGUGAAAUGGGAAAUGAUAAGUGGACGACCAAUACUAUGAAGCUCAUUAAUGCAUUCCGCAGCCCAUCUCUUUUCGUCUCCAAUGGUGGUGUCUAG